AUGCUUCGCUUACUUCGAAGAGGAUGCAUAAGACCUACACCCGAAACCACCCAAACCCAUAGAGCAAAACCUCCACAAGCCAAGGACUGUGUGAUUCCAGAAGCCGAACACUGGAUCUUAGACUGGUCUCCGCCAGAACUUGCUUCGCUUACCAUUCGAGGUCACUUGACGUGGGACACCAACAUGGAUAGUCUGCAGCUGACAGCUGGAUUUGUGCUGGUGGAGGGCAAAGGCAGGUUGGAAGUCGGCACGGUGAACAAACCCAUGAGCAAGCUUGCCAUUAUCAACCUCACCGAUGCACAGGCUGCUCCGCACCCAACGCUGGGCACUCGUUUCUUGGCAGGUCAGGACAAGGCCCACAUCAAGCUGCACGGCCAGCCACUGGGCACUUGGACACUGCUGGCCAAGGAUGUGGCCAGCGGGGAUUCCGAGCUGCAUUUGCGCGAGGAUCCCCGUAGCCUGUCCUGGCGCGUGGGGGACGAGAUUGGCAUUGCGACGACCAGUCGAGGCCAGACGCGGCCGUACACGAUCGUCAGCCUGGGUCCUGAAGGGAGCAACACGGUGACGAUCGAUCCGCCCGCCGCUACGGACUACUGGGGCGGCUGGCAGAGCCUGCACUACAGCUCCGGGCGAUCCUCAGACUUCAACAGGAGUUUCGAGCUUGCUGCGGAAGUCGUCAACUUGCAGCGCUCCGUGGUGAUCACCGGGCCCCCGAACUGGGACACUGCAGACUGGAAGGGACUUCAUACUCUGAUGACAGGCAGUGAAGGCUUCAUGGAUGCCCGCUAUGUCCGCGUGGAGAAUUGCGGGCAGCCACCGCAUCAAGGGAAUUCUGCCGAUGCAGAUUAUGUGGAGAUCUCUACGGGCGACGGAGAGAGGGCUACCGUGUCAAACAACAUCCUUUGGAACACGAUGUCCGCAGGGGUCUACGUCGAGGACGGAAACGAGAUGAAUAACACCUUCCAGGAAAAUGUAGUGAUCUGCAUGCACGAGGUGCCCCCGCUCAACCCACUGCCGUGCAACAAGGGUGACACUGGUAUUUGCCCAGAAGCUCGUCAGGGAUGCACCUACGACAUGUUCAACCAGGGUGGUCGUUUGGGCGGCUUUUUCGUCAUUGGCAUGACGAACAAUUUCGUGAGGAACCGCGUCGUGAACAUGGAAAACUGCAUCUGGUUCAAAGGCUCGGCAGAUCCUGCGGGCCGCGGGCAUGCGGCAGGCAAAGUGUGCCCCAUGCACCUGCCGUUUGGCCAAAUCAGCGGCAACGUGUGCCACGACAACCGCCGCUUUGGCAUCUACCUCGACUUCCAGAGUCCUCGAAUGAUUCCGCGAGAUGAGAACGGCUUUGUGGCUGACAUUGCGGACCCAAACUCCAACUGCUUCAAUGAGGUGACGCCUGAUGGGCGCGAUAGCGGCCUCAUUCCAGCCAACAUCGUCGAAGACGAGUUGGACUGGCACAACGAGUUCGUGGGCCAGUACACUUUGUCGGACGUCCGAUAUCUGCGCUAUGUCGGCAUAAACAACAUGCAUUGCAUGUACUGGAAGUCUUCAAAGAAGUUCGCAGAUGGAGGUCUGUACCAUGUGAGGGACUCCAUGUGCAUCAAUGUCCCUGCGGGCGGUCUCUUCGAGUUUCCUGCGGGCCAAUUCCUGGGACCUGCUGGUUCCUUUACUUUUGGCAUGAAGAAUGUCAGCUUCGUGGGAAGUCCCGGAGUUUCUGGGGCUCUUUCUGCUGGGCAGCACUGCAUGGACGGCGGCGCGGGCGGUCCCUGCAAUGUCCAGUACUUGCUUGAGGACGUGAACUUCUCCCACACAGCCCAGUCUGGCAAGUUCAUACAAUUCGGGGUGAACAGCAAGCCAGAAGGGUUGAGUGUUUGGACCGCCGCCGCCUUGGCGGGAGAGGUCCAGCUCUCAGGGCCCGGUUUUGCCGGCGCUCCGAACAAUGAGUUCCCAAUCUACGGGGGCAAUGCCGGCUUAUUGUCCUACGCGACGAAUUAUAAUGGCUAUGGUGCAUUGGCCAUUCCGGGCCAGGUCUACGAAUUGAAUGCCGACUGGCGAUCAAGCCCUGUUAUCGACAUAGACUUCUCCGACGACGCCAUGGGGGAUUACUUUGGGGAGGACUAG